CCAUUUCAUACUCGAAAAAGGAGUGCCAUAUACCUAUUUGAACAUCAAUCCAGCUAGAAUACCCCCGCUUCAUCAUAGUACACGGACCUUAGCACGCAUACCUAGGUAGCUAAAGAAUCGCGGAAUUUAUUUCGCCCAAGAUGCCGGCAGAGGUCCACGGGAUUAAAUCUAGCGACAUACACGCUAAGAUCCAGCUUCUGAUUGACGGGCUUGUGAAUAUCAAAGACAACACUGGCGAGUUCCUCCUAACAUUAGAAGAUGGUCGCGUCAUAGACACCAAAGGAUGGAACGAUUGGGAAUGGACACACGGCAUCGGCCUCAAUGGAAUUUGGGCCUACUAUUCUUUGACUGGAGAUGAAAAGUAUCUCAAAAUUAUCGAAGACUGGUUUGCGAACCGCUUCGCGGCUGGUGGCACCACUAAGAACAUCAACACUAUGGCCGUAUUCUUAACACUGGCCUACGUUUACGAGAAGACUGGCAACCAGACCUACCUCCCGUGGUUAGAUAGCUGGGCCGAGUGGGCAUAUCACGACUUGGAGAGAACCAAAUACGGCGGCAUGCAACACAUCACAUACCUGGAAGUGAACGACCAACAAUUAUGGGACGACACACUCAUGAUGACGGUCAUGCCUUUGGCCAAGAUCGGAAAGCUACUCAACAGGUCGCAUUACGUCGAGGAAGCGAAGCGACAAUUCCUAAUCCACAUUAAAUACCUCUUCGACACAAAAUCGGGGUUAUUCUUCCACGGUUGGACCUUCCAUGAUGGAGGACAUAACUUCGCAAAUGCCUUGUGGGCGAGAGGCAACGCGUGGCUAACGAUUGUAAUUCCCGAGUUCUUGGAGCUACUGGACUUACCAGCCAACGACCCGAUUCGAAACCACCUUUUAGACACGCUUAAUGCGCAAUGCGAGGCUCUCAAGCCCUUACAGACCUCCUCAGGUCUAUGGCGCACGCUUCUCGACCAGCCCGAGGAGGAGGGUUCAUAUGUGGAAUCGAGUGCGACGGCAGGAUUCGCCUUUGGUAUCCUCAAGGCGCAGAGAAAGAAGUAUAUCAGCAAGGAAUACGAAGAUGUGGCGCUCAAGGCGAUACGAGCGGUGCUGGACAAUGUCGAUGCUAGCGGUGAACUACUGAACACAUCUUUCGGCACGGGGAUGGGACACACAUUGCAGCACUACAAGGAUAUCCCGAUUACGAGUAUGCCGUAUGGACAGGCGAUGGCUAUCAUCGCUCUAGUUGAAUUUCUAAGGGUGUUUAUCUAGAUCUAGCCUCUAAGCUAAUUCAAUCAUCU